CCUUGUCUUUGCAACCAAAAACCCCAACAAAGCCUCUCUUCAAUUCCUCCCCUCACACCAACCAAAAUAUGUGCGACUCCAACACCCUAUCACCAAACCGCACACUACUCGCCUCCUUGGUCGACCACAAGCACCCGAGCCCGCCCAUUUUAAAGCCGAGGCAACCCGGCGAGCUCGCCCUCGCCCUGGUCGAGACCAAGUCCAUACUAUCCCUGGCCCUCCCCAUGGUCCUCAGCGGCCUCCUCUUCUACUCUCGAUCCAUGAUCUCCAUGCUGUUCUUAGGCCGUCUCGGCCGCCUCCCUCUCGCCGGCGGCACCCUCGCCAUCGGCUUCGCCAAUAUCACCGGCUACUCUAUCCUCUCCGGCCUCGCCACUGGCAUGGAGCCCAUCUGCAGCCAGGCCUUCGGCGCCGACAAGCACUCCCCCCUCCUCCGCCUCGCCCUCCGCCGCACCGUCCUCCUCCUCCUCACCGCCUCCCUCCCCAUCGCCGCCCUCUGGGCUUCCAUGCACCGUCUCCUCCUCCUCUGCGGCCAAGACCCCGACAUCGCCGCCGCCGCCCGCUCCUACAUUCUCUCCUCCCUCCCCGACCUCCUCCUCCAAUCCUUCCUCCACCCCCUCCGCAUCUACCUCCGUGCUCAGUCCAUCACCAUCCCUCUCACCUACUGCGCCGCCCUCGCUCUCCUCCUCCACCUCCCCAUCAACUACCUCCUCGUCUCCGUUCAAAAACUCGGCAUCCAAGGCGUCGCUCUCGCAUCAGUCUUCGCCAACCUCAACCUUCUCAUCCUCUUGGUUAUUUUCAUCUACUUCUUUGGCAUCCACAACACUACCACUGGCGAUGAUGGUGAGCUGCAUCAUACGAAAGAUGGCUUCACCGCCUGGAAAUCUUUGCUCGGCCUCGCGAUACCGAGCUGCAUUUCGGUCUGCCUCGAGUGGUGGUGGUACGAGAUCAUGAUCCUUCUCUGCGGCCUCCUCCUCGACCCGAAAUCCACCGUCGCCUCCAUGGGAAUCCUCAUCCAGACCACCUCCCUCCUAUAUAUCUUCCCCUCGUCGUUAAGCUACGGCGUGUCCACCCGUGUCGGCAACGAGCUCGGUGCAAACCGGCCGGACCCCGCGCGGCGGGCGGCGGCGGUCGGUCUCUCGUGCGGGGCGGCGUUAGGCCUGGCGGCGCUCGUCUUCGCGGUAUCGGUGCGGAAUGCGUGGGCGGCGAUGUUUACGGAGAGCGCGGAGAUUAUGAAGUUGACGGCGGCGGUGCUGCCGAUACUGGGGUUGUGCGAGCUCGGGAACUGCCCGCAGACGGCUGGGUGCGGGGUCCUGCGGGGCUGCGCGCGGCCGCGGACGGCGGCGAAUAUAAACCUGGUGUCGUUCUACGGGUUCGGGAUGCCGGUGGCGGUGGGGCUGGGGUUCUACGUGGGGUUGGACUUCCCGGGGCUGUGGCUGGGGUUGCUGGCGGCGCAGGCGGCGUGCGUGGCGGCGAUGCUGUCGGUGGUGCGAGACACCGACUGGAAGCUGCAGGCGGAGCGGGCGCAGCGGCUCGCGAGAGGCGCUGUCGAGAGCAACGCUUUGGUAGUCAAAGUCGUCGUCGACGGCAGCGAUGAAAGCAACGGGAAGGAAGCAACAAAGACGGGAGUUUCGGAUGGGGAUGACAAGCCUAGUUUCAUUGUUAGCGUAAAGAUUGAUGGAUCCACCGUAUUAACUUAACUUGGAUAAACUUUUUUUUUUUUACUUGGAUUUUUUUUUUUAAGGGUGGGGGAGUUAUUAUUUUUUGUUGAACCCUUGUAAGCUUCCUCUAGCUCUUCUUUUGGUGUUUUAGUGCUAGAAGAGAUGAGAUCGGUUAUUACUGCAUAAAUGUUGACAAAUUAUAAAAAGUAUAUAUGGUGAUUUAUUUUCCCACUUUUUUU